AUGGAGGGCGAACGGCACGAUACGAAAAGGCAGGGCGAGGCGGAUGGAGAAAGAAGUGCCGAGGAGGCCAUGACAGCGCCUGCUGGCCAUUUCGAGACAUUCGCACAAAGAACGCUAGCUACAUGGGAGGGCUUCGUGAAGGAUGGAUUGAAAAACAUUCGAACAAAGAAGAGGCGACGGGAGGAACCAGCAGAGGAUGCAGUGACAGUUACGCUCUCGUGCCCGGUGGCGGCUCUCUUGGGCGAGGUGGAGACCGCUGCGGGGGAGGAGGCGCGCAGUACGCUGACCAAAAUGCUGCUCAUCCUCCUCGCGCUCACCCUCUGCUGCGGCGCCCGGGCGAUGGCCGCCACACAGUGGUACAUGCCCGACGGACGUGCUGGCGGCUGUCGCUCUGACAGGAGUGUCAAUGGUGGCUCCGGCGCAUAUGAGGAGAUAUGGCUCACGGAUGCGGCCGACUGCCGCGCACGCUGCGCAGCAGACGCCGUCUGCAUCGCCUACGAGUUUGGCUCCCUGGCCAGCAGGCGGGUGAAGGGGAAGGAGUACAAACGCUGCGAGCUGCACCACUCGGUGGUCUUCAACGUGGCCGCCAUACCCGGCUUCGAGUGCUGGGUGAAAGUCAUUGACUGCCAGCUUCCCGGCUCGAUGUGGCGCGGCGCGACGCUCUGGCUCUCCGUCUUCAGCCGCGUCCACCUCGAGCGAGCUCUCUUCGACGCGGACACGAACUGCAACGGCCUCACCCUGCGUGGCUGCUCGCUCGAGCGGGCCACCCUCGCGCACACCUCGCUCGAGCGGCUCACCGUCCAGGGCGGAUCGAUGGCGGAGGCCCUGAGCACGCCACGCUGCCUCUGA